AGAAGUUUCGGUAGUUUCGGUAAUUCGAGCAAUGAACAGGGCUCACUUUAAGUCUCACAAGGAUGAAAGUUUGUUAGAGCAGCUCGAUUUUUCCCUGUCAUCCAGAAAGUUAACUUAGGUACCUUUUUCCACAGAAUCGGACUCGGUAUGAAAUGGCGCUUUAAGGACAACCCCUGGAAGUGGUAACCCUGAUUCCGGAAACACUGCUUAGGCGCCAAAUUUAAGUUCAUUGUCUCGUAGUUUAAAUUUGCCUCGUGACCAUGCUGUGAUAGGUGGGUACAGUGGAGGCGGGAACACGUCAGUUCCUACCUCCUGCUCAGUCUCGAGCUUUAUAAAGGUCCUGCGCCUGGCGUCCCUCAGUUGCACAGGCUCUAGGUGACUUUCAACAUGCAGUCGCGGGUGAGGCAAGAGUGGAAGGAGGGAAAGAAGAAACAGCAAUUGAACGCGGCAGGAGGAGACAUAGAAGUGUCCAAAGGAGAAGAGGCUAGUGGAUCGCAGAUCCAGGACGAUGACUGUUGCAGUGUUACUCAUGACUCAAGUGGCGAUAAAGAACUUGAGGCCUUUGUGGCCAGAAUGAGAAUGGGAAAGAAGAGACCUGUCAGCUGUGUGGCGACUGACUCAGAAUCAGAUGACGAAUACUUCGAUGAGGAAAAUAAAGUUAAGAUGUGCGAAACAAGUAGCGAAGAUGAGAUUCUGGAAAAGUCAUCUGAUACUGAUGAAGAGUUUGCCACCGGGAAGCUUCCGUUUCUUCUUGAUGAUGAUAGCGUUGAUUUGGAGGUUGACAAGCAGAAUCCUGGUGAAAACCUCUGCCAACCACCAAAUGCUACUGAGCCUAAAGUAGAAAAUGUGGAUGGAAAGUUGUCAGCUGAUGAAGAGUUGGAACCUGUGGUGGAACAACCAAAGAAAAAGAAAAAGAAAACCAAAAAUAUCUCUGUGACACCUGUUCCUGCAAGAGAAAAAAGACCUAGGGCUUCGAAGAAGAAACCCCGCUUUGCAGAAUUUGAGGAAUACCAGACUGGGAAUCCUGUGUGUAAAAUACCUGGAUGUUUCUUGCUUGACCUUGAGAACUCAAAAGAGUAUUCUGGAAAGAAUUUCAAGCAAAAUAAGGAUGAGCUGGUUCAGAAAAUCUACAACCUCUUCAACAGCUCCGUCUUUGAUAAAAAGCUGCCAGAGAAAAUAGAUAUACGCUGGAAUAAAAAGAUGUUUAGAACUGCUGGCUUAUGCACAACUGGCGAGACAAAGCACCCGAAGAAGGAGCGCUAUGCCAAGAUUCAGAUUGCUCUGAAAGUCUGUGACUCUGCAGACCGACUCCGGGAUACUUUGAUCCAUGAAAUAUGCCAUGCAGCCUGCUGGCUACUUGAUGGUGUCCAAGAUUCUCAUGGUGACACUUGGAAGUAUUAUGCCAACAAAUCCAAUAUGGUACACCCAGAGCUGCCCAGGGUCACCCGUUGCCAUAACUACAAGAUUAACUACAGGAUUCAUUAUGAAUGUACUCAGUGCAAAUUCAGGGUUGGCCGCUACACCAGAUCACUGAACACCAAACGCUUUACCUGUGCUAAGUGCAAAGGCCCUCUGGUUGUGCUGCCAUUAACUCGCAAAGAUGGAACCCCCAUUGAGCCCCAUGUGAGACCAUUUGCCAAAUAUGUACAGGAGAAUUACAGAGCUGUUAAGCAGGAGAUGGCAGGGAAGGGCCAUGGCGAUGUGAUGAAAAAGCUCAGCAAGGAUUAUGUUGCAAGUAAACAAAACCGAGGUGGUUGAGGUUAUCUGAGAGUAGAUUUAUGUGAGCAGAGUCCUCUAUUGGUAAGAAGCAUUAAAAAAAAAAACUGUGAAGUAGCAAAUAUUAGGGGUUAAAUACUAUUUUGGGUUUUAUGUUGUUAAUGGUGAUUGUUCUUAACUAGGGACCCUAUUGCUGACCAUUUUGUGGAUUUGACAGCAUCCUGAGGCCCUUUUGGAUCCAUCCUGGGUCUUAAUUUUGACUCCGUAGUUUUAACGUGUAGACCAAAAUGCAAAAAAAAAAAAAAAUGAGUUUUUGAGAGUGGCAAGUUGAGAGAAUGAGAAUAAUGCUGGAAAUAGAACAAGUUUUAAAGGCAGCCCUACAAAACCAGGGCUGCUGUGAGAUAAAAUCUGUCACACUUACCUGGAAAUAACAAACACGUUUCACAAAUCUAGUUGCUGUUGACAUUGAAUGAAGCCAUCUGAGCCAUGUAAUUGUUCAUAAAAUAAAAUAAAGUGUUUUCUGCAUUUCACUUGUUUGCAGAGUCUGUUCAUUGACACCUCGUCCCAAAAGCAGAACGUAUCCUUGCAUCUUUUGUCCAAGACCCUGGACAUCUAAGUGUUCCAGGAUGUGUCUAGAGCACUCUUCAUUCUGUUUCUCCGAUUUUCGUGACUGCCCAUAAGUUUGUGAGUGGCCUCCCCACUUCUGGGAGAUACCCAGGAUAUAGACUGGAAUCCACAUUGUUUUAGUUUUCUACUGCUGCUGUAACAAACUGCCACAAAUCUCAUGGCUGAAAAUGACACAAAUUUAUUAUCUUAUAGUUCUGUAGGUCAGAAGUCCAUCGGGGUCCCACUGGGCUAAAAUCAAGGUGUUGGCAGGGCUGUGCUUUCUGGAAGCUCUAGGGGAGAAUCCAAUUCCUUUUCUUUUCCAGCUUCUAGAGGCCACCCUCAUUCCUUGACUCAUGGCCCCUUCCUGCCUCUUCCAAGCCAGCAAGCAUCUCUCUGACCCUGCUUCUGUUGUUACAUCUUUCUCUGACUUUUUCUCUCCUGCCUCCUGCUUUCACUUUUAAGGAUCUUUGUGAUUACAUUGGGCCCACAUGGAUAAUCCAGGAUAAUCUUUUUUUUCAAUUGUGUUUCAGGUGGAAGUUUACAGCACAAAUUAGUUUCUCAUUCAAAACUUUGUACACAAAUUGUUUUGUGACAUUGGUGGGAAUAAUCUGAUUUAUUUGAGGAAUUAUAAGACUAUUUUAACGCCAGAUGAUUAGCAACCUUAAUUCCCUUUUGCCCUGUAAGCCAACAUAUUCACAAGUUCUAGGGAUUAGGAUGUAGACACCUUCGAGGGGUUAUUUAUUCUGCCUAGCACAAACAUCUUUAUUAGUCCAGCACCACUGAUAAUUCUUACAGGAAGGUUAUACUGUUUGUUGAAUGUGUUACGCAGUUGUUUCCUCCCUUCAUUUUGCAGAUGCUUAGAGUGUUCUUUUAGUGGCCACAAACGAGCCUAACACAGGCGGGACGGGAUUGCGUGUGUGCAUAAAGUAGGACGACCUUCCCUAACUAAAUCUUCUAAUUCCUCCCCUCCAUUGCCACCUCCAGCCUAUCUGCAGCCUUAGCAAGGGCCCAGCCAGCAUGUGAAACUGGACCAUGGGACAUCAGUGACUUCCACAGGGUGAACUGGUGGUGCAGUGGAUCUGUCCGUGCAAAGGGAGAUCAGUAGCUCUGUCACCUGCGUUUCUGGGAAGCCCUGGUUAUUUCUUCCACUUACUUCAACCUCAGCUGUAGUCGUGGAAACAUGCUUCCUACAGCCCACCCAUGCUUCCAGGUGGCCCAUGCGCUUGUUACUUUUGGCAAGUCAUCUAACCUUCUAGCUUUUCUUCAGUCCCACUGACAUUUCCCUAGUUAGAGCCUGCAUCACCUCUCACCUGAAUAACCACUACAACUUUCUUAGUGGUCUCUAACACUCCCAUCAGCUGACCCCAAACCAACUCUGAGUCUUACUCUCCACCCUUCUCCUACCCAAACCCUUAAAUCUAACCACUUGGGACCAUUUGUAAUUCCUCCAGUAAGCAUUGCUGUUUUCAGCCUUCACUCUGCUAGAAACACUGUCUUUCCUUCUCUCUGCCUUUGGAAAUACUUCCUGCCCUUUCAGGUCUGUUCAGUUUUCUGUCUUCAGGAUAACUUCCCAAAUGGCGCAGCCCCCAUGCUCUGAGCCUUCAUGUUUACUGUCUAUAUGCCACUCAUUUGCCUCAUGGCAUAGAUAUUGCCUGGUAUUGUUAGUUCUUGCCGCUUGUUCCCAGCUAGCCCUCUGCUCCUCCCUUCCAGAGCCCAAGACUACGUCUUACUUAUGGCUGAAGGCGCCUCUCCCAAAUUAUGCCUAGGCAGUGUCCAGCCAACUAACUAGCCAAGUGCCUACCCUGUGCCAGUGUAUCUAGGUGCUUCCCUGUGACUAGCAGGAGUGCCCAGAAGGGCCAAGAAGACUGCAGACAGGCGUUCACAGAGGCAGGGUGGGUUGGCCCAGACCCAGGGCCAGGAGGGAAGAAGCUGCAAGUGUACCCUCAGAGCCAGCUAGGGCUGGCUGUAUUGAUGCACUCACACACCCUGGUCCUGAUGAGCUUGUUUAUUGAAAAAUUUUAAGCAAGAUUUUUGAAAUAAAAACAAAAGUGAACAAAUACAGAGGUUCUGGGAAUCAUAGUCACAAUUACUACUAAGCAAGAGGUCUGGACCAAGGCCCCACAGGGGCCGCUUCCUCUGUGUUGUUUGCAUGUGGGAAAGGCCAAGUUCCAGUUACCAGAUGAGAAGGGCAACAGGGCUCCAGGCAGCCAAGGUGGCUGGGCUGGAACACACCCACCUCUGAAGC